AUGUUCAAAAAUCUCAAAGAGAAGCAUGCCGCCCUGUUUGAUUCCAAACAAUCCGAGGCACCCAAAAGCAGUGAUGGGGGCCAGGAUCUGACGUCAAUCCUGGACCGGUCGCAGCGUGCCGACCUCACCGUGCUGGUCGCGGAGAUUGCGGAAUUGAUGCGCAUCGCCGUUGUCGAGACCUUUGAAAGCUCCAGAAAAACCCUUGAACCACAGUCCCCAAAGAAAGAAUCGGACAUCAAGGCGGCACAACCAAAUCUUGAAAAGCCCGCCCUGACAGUCCGCGCUCAGAAAGCGGCUCUGUCGCAUUUUGAAGAUUGGCGAGAUUCCGUACUCUUGCGAAUUGGCGAAGUCGUCAAUAAAGACGAUGACCACGACGAGCGACAGCCAGAGAAAGAAUCCUCGGCGAAUUCAAAUGAUCUCUCGCUGGCUGAGGAUCAGGCAAGUAUAGAUAAACUACGCGAAAUCUAUCAUCCUAUCGAAUCUCUCCUAGCCACGCUUCCGAAAGCAACCCGACUACUCAUCCUACACUCCCUUCUCUUGCUGCUACUCAGUCUGGAACACUAUAAUGCGUAUUCACGAGUCUUGAUACUUCAUAUUGCUUCCAGUCUUGACAUCGAUAUCAAUUUUCUCAACGAAGACGAGGUCAAAGUCGCCCGAGGUCUUCUCGACACUGCUCUAGCACUCUCAUCAGAGCCGGAUGCCAAGCAGCAGGUCAAGAAGAACGAUGAUCUACGUAAAUGGAAGGUUGGAAUUGCUUCGGUUGCUGGUGCUGCCCUGAUAGGUCUUACCGGUGGUCUUGCUGCACCCUUGGUCGCUGCCGGACUUGGAACUGUUAUGGGUGGGCUAGGACUUGGUGCUACUGCGGCCGCUGGGUAUCUGGGUGCUCUCGCUGGCAGUGGGGUCAUUGUCGGGGGUCUCUUUGGUGCCUAUGGCGGUCGAAUGACUGGUCGUAUGAUGGACAAGUACGCCAAGGAAGUGGACGACUUCGCCUUUAUCCCGAUUAGAGGAUCACGAAAACGGACAGAGAAGGAAAGUGAGGCCGCUAAACAGGACCAUCGUCUAAGGGUGACCAUUGGAGUUACCGGGUGGUUGAAGGACGAAUCCAACUUUGUGAUCCCUUGGCGAGUGCUUGGUGCCGACUCGGAAGUUUUUGCGCUUCGCUGGGAGGCGGAAUCUUUGAUGAACCUUGGGAAUGCCAUCUCUGCGCUCGUCACUAGUGCUGCAUGGUCUGUUGCCGGACGUGAAGUUUUGACUCGGACUGUGUUCUCGGCUAUCAUGAGUGCUGUCAUGCUCCCUAUGGGAUUGAUGAAUGUCGCUCGCAUCGUCGACAACCCAUUCAGCGUGGCGAAAUCUCGAGCCGACAAAGCAGGUGAGGUUCUAGCGGAUGCCCUCAUCAGCAAAGUCCAAGGUGAACGUCCAGUCAAUUUGAUCGGGUACUCCUUGGGAUCGCGCCUGAUCUUUUCGUGCCUCCAGAAUCUGGCAAAAAGAGGUGCCUACGGCCUGAUUGAAAGUGUGAUAUUGAUGGGAUCUCCAACACCCUCGAACGAAGAACACUGGAGUCGUGUGCGCAGUGUUGUGAGCGGCCGAGUCGUAAAUGUAUUCUCGGAAAACGACAACGUGCUGGCCUUCCUCUACCGAACAAGCAGUUUUCAGCUAGGAGUUUCUGGUCUACAGCCAGUCAAAGGCGUCCCGGGCGUGGAGAAUCUCGACGUGAGCGAUGUUAUUAGCGGUCAUCUUCGAUACCAGUACUUACUGGGUAAAAUAAUCUCGUCUAUUGGUUUGCAGGAUCUUGACAUGCGGGAGAUCGAGCGGGAAGAGGCUGCUCUGGCGGCGGAGGAUAAGCGACAAGAAGACGAGAGACUCCGCAACGAGCGUGAAGCUGGCGUGAAGGACCCUGGUUCAUCCGCUGCACGCGAGAUUCUCAAUAGCCAGGAUGGAUUCGGAGAAGAGUCGCGAAUGCAGAAGCAGGUUGAAACCCAGACCGAGGAGCAUAUGACAAACCAUCGGAUUCAGAUGAUGGAUCUGGAUGACAAGGAUUACUCUUCGCCAUUGGUUGAUCAGGAAGGGAAGCAUUCUGCGCUUUGA